AUGAAUUAUGUAAAAUUUCAGGAGGAUGUAGAUGAUGGGAUUGAACCUGAUGAGCAUUCAUCAAAGAUAGACUUACAGGAACUCUCAUUAAUAAUUGAUUUAACUUAACUGGAAGGAUUUAACAUAUUUUAAUCCAUUUAUGCUAUACAUUUUAAAGGGUUUAGUAGAAUUUAAGAUGCUGCAAUAUAUCUCUAACAUGACGAAACUCACAGAUAUGUUUAAUCGAGUAACAAUUGUGGAGUUUGCAAUAAAGAUAGGGAGUUUCAUCUGAUGAUUGAUGAAAAUAGUGAGAAGAUAGUUGCAAAAAUAAUCAGAAUAAUAGAUAUUAUAUACUAAAAUUAAUAAUGCUGUGUAUGUUAUUUGAUGUACUUGGACAAAGAUUUGGUUCAUCUAAAUUCAGAAAAACACAUGAUAUGCUUAAAUUGCUUUUACAAUUAUUUAAGGCAAUCAAUAGAGGAUAGAAAAAUCAACAAUAUUAAAUGUCCUCAUUGUGAUAUUCCAAUUAGAGAUAUUGAUGUCCUGGAACAUUCACAAGAACUUUAUACAAAAUACAUAAAGUGUCAUCAAAACUUGGAAAUUGCAAUGAAUCCUAAUAAGGCAUGGUGUCCUACAAUUAAUUGCAAUAGUGUAAUAGAAUUUAAACAGUUAUCAACAGUAGCUACUUGUGCUUAUUGUUAAAUUGAAGUUUGCAAACGAUGCAAACAAAGAGCACAUCCACUUCAAAGUUGCGAAGAGAACUUAUAAUAGGUUUUAAAUGAGUGGUAAGAAAAUAGAGAUACAUAAUAAUGUCCAAGAUGCAAAAUUAUAGUUGAGAAGAUUAAUGGUUGUAAUCAUAUGACUUGUUAGUUUUGUUAACAUGAAUGGUGUUGGAUUUGUGGAAGUGAUUAUACAUCAAUUCAUUAUGCAAUAUUCAAUCCUUUUGGUUGUCCUGCCUUGAUGCCAGGAUGGAUUCGAUAAAAAGAUUGGUCAUAUGUUAAGUUAAUAAUUUGGAGGUUCAUCUGCUUUAUACUCUUAAUAAUAUUAACCCCUAUGGUAGUAUUAGUGAUUGCUCCUAUUUUGUGUAUAGCUAAACUAAUCCAAACAAGAUUUUACAGAGAUAAAAAUUGUUGGAUUCAAGCAUGCUUAUUGAUUUUUGCUUUUAUAAUAGGUAUUGCACUUAUACCUAUUGCUAUUAUUGUCUUUGCUGUUGCUUUGGUGCCUUCUAUUAUCGGAAUAAUAGUAUUUUAUUACGACGAAAGGAAGAGGCUAGAAUUUAGACAUUAAACUGCGUUAUCCAGACAUUUCCAAUAAAAUCCUUGA